AUGAUGGCCGAGUACGAUCAACAGCAUGGUCAACAUGGAUACCAAAAACACGGCCAAAAUGACUAUCAAUCACCCAGCCACAGUGGAUAUCAACCGCCCAUCAACAAUGGAUAUCAACCGCCCAUCAACAAUGGAUAUCAACCGUCCAGCCACAGUGGAUAUCAACCGCCUAUCAACAAUGGAUAUCAGCCACCCAGCCACAGCGGAUAUCAACCGCCCGUCAACAAUGGAUAUCAACCACCCAGCAACAGUGGAUAUCAACAGCGUGAUCAACGUGGUUAUCAACAAUAUGACCAACGUGGAUACCAACAACAAGAUCAACAAGCAUACGAUCCACGUGAUCAACAACAAUCACAAGCACGUUCAACAAUACUUGAGCGUGGUCGAGCUAUUCGAUUAAUGAGAAAUGGAGAUUCAUUUUUUACUGGCAGAAAUUUCGUUAUUAACCAAAAAAAAUAUCCAAUGCUAGACGUAUUCUUGGAUGAUGCAUCACGAACACUGCGUGCUAAUUUUGGAGCUGUUAGGUGUAUCUAUACUCCAAAACAUGGAACUCAAUUGCAAGAUAUAUCAGAUUUUGAAGAUCAUCGAACCUAUGUGGCAGCUGGUGGAGAAAAAUUUAAGAAACUUCAUUAUCUUGAUAUAGCAGAAGGCAAACGUGUGUCAAGUAAAGGACAAUCGUCGCCUAAAGUUCAUCUUCUUCCACCUGUUCGACGUGUAGAUGUUGAAGGACGAGCAUUAAAAUUAUCUCGAUCAGAAAAUCUUAUCAUCUAUGUCUAUCGAAACGGUGACCCAUUGACAUUGCCAGCAAAAGUUCUCCUAGUAAAAUCAACAUUACAAAGUUGGGAAUCGGUUCUAGAUGAAAUCACAAAAAAAGUAUCGUUGUCAAAUACUGCCGUGUUAAAAUUAUACGCAAUGAAUGGAGAACUAGUAACAUCAGCACGACAGAUUGAAUAUAAUGCAAUGUAUGUUGCAGCUGGUAAAGAACGUUUCAAACGUAUUGAGUAUCCUGAUCUACAGUUGAUCAGUCCAAAUGCUUCACCAAAAGCAUCAAGAAAGUCGUCAAGCUAUCAAACUCCCGAUGUACCUUCUCGAACGAGACUACCUCCACUACAGACGAAGACCGUCCACCCUGAUGCCCAUCAUUCAGCUCAUCAAUCAGCCUCUGUUAUGCAACAAAGAUAUGCAAAAUCCGAUGGAGCAAAUACGUAUACAAAUACAAAUACAGCUAAUUCUUAUGGAAGUACCGAGAAUCCCAGCCAACGACGUCCUGCUCGAGAAGAUUAUGAUUUUUUUAAUAAUAAACCACAACCACAGCCACAACAACAUCGACGUGGUCCAACGAAAGAGACUGAUCUUGAUCGAGAUGAUGGUGGUAUCUAUAAAGGUCGAUUGAAUCAUCGCGAACGUGUUCAUGAAGUAGAUGAAACACGGGACACAAAAAUCGAUUUUCCAGUUGAUUAUAGAGAAGCUGAAACUGUUGAAGAAGAAAGUUUAUAUGGAAAUGCUCGAAAAAAUCCUGACCAUCGUCAUCUCCAACCACAUAAUCAACCAUUUGUUGAUGCUCGACAGCACCCAAUCAAAAGUCAAACAAAAAGCUACGAUGAUGACGAUGAUUAUCAACAUCCAUAUGCUACCAGUAGAAGUAAUGGUUACGAAAACGAUUAUUCACACCGUCCUGAAACACCAAUAGAUGAUGAUCAAACUGAACAACAAUUACCUCAUUCUUCAUAUCGAAAACCCCUCAUCUCAUCGAGUACACAGAAUCAGCCUGCUACUCAUAUUCAAUAUUAUGUUCGUCGUUAUUUUACCUGUAAACAGACUCAACACGAUGAUCAACAGCAACAACAGCAAGUACAAGAUAUGGAAAGCAAUAUAGAUGAAGACAAUCAAUCAACGAAAGUAUCCGAGCAUAAUUAUGAUGAUAACCAUUACAAAACAUAA